CGAGCGAGAAGGCAGUGGUGACUGGCGAGUGGACCCGCCGCCCUGACGUCCGACGGCCAACGCAGCUGAUCAACCCGUGAUAUUGUUAUUAUCAGUUUCUCUCUCGGCUAUUUUGUUUUCACCUGGACUUUUAUUAUUAUUAUUAUCGUACAUUAUUGUAAAUGUUAUUAGUAGAAUUUUUCGUUUGACUCCAGUCCGGCCACGUCUCACCUUAGCCGCCUGAGGAAUACAGAGGGAAUUCGCCUUUUAUCGAACGGUCUAUGAAAAUUUCAACGUGUACUAAAUUUAGCACCAACCAUGUGGCUUGGUAGUGGUGCUUUUGAAAAAAGCCAAGACUGGAUAUGCUUUUAAAAUUGUCAAAUCCAUAAAAAAAAACGUGGCGGCGCUAAAUUUUGUUUAAUACAAAUAUGCAUGCUUCUGUGCCCCAGCGCUCCACCAAAGCCCAGCCCAUUCACAGUUCGAGGAUUUCCAACUCGCUGAGGACUUUGUGACGAUUUCUUAAUGCCUAGGCGCAAGAAUUCAAUUGUAAAGUAGUAUUUAGGGUUUGAAAAUUUAGGAGACAUUUAAAAGAGAUAGAGAUGGCUUUUCAAAAUCCUGCAUCUCUUUUGUUGGUCUCCACCCUCUUAGUUGCUUUUUUAGUAUUAGUUAAUGGCGACGAGGAUGAGAAAUUGAACAUCAUGUCUAGAGAGGAGCAAGAAAGCUUAAGGGAAGAGGCGAGGGAUAUGUUUUAUCAUGCUUAUCGAGCAUAUAUGGACAAUGCAUACCCUGCUGAUGAACUGAUGCCAUUAACAUGUCAAGGCCGAUAUCGUGGAAGUCACCCUUCUCGAGGAGAUAUUGACGAUACCCUUGGGAAUUUCUCACUGACGUUAAUUGAUACCUUGGACACGCUUGUGAUACUUGGAGACAUCUCGGAAUUUGAGCAUGCAGUAAAGCUAGUGAUAAAAGAUGUAAGCUUCGAUUCUGAUAUAGUCGUGUCUGUAUUUGAGACCAACAUCCGAGUCUUGGGGGGACUUCUAUCAGCACACAUUCUGGCAGAAUAUGUUCAACAAAAAAUCGGUGUGAUGGAAUGGUACAAGGGCGAGCUGCUUGAACUAGCCAAGGAUAUCGGCUACCGCCUCACGCCAGCUUUUAACACCACAACGGGCAUACCUCAUGCCAGGGUAAAUCUGAGGACUGGCAUGAAGGCACCUUCACUCUGGUCAUCCAGGGAAACAUGCACUGCCUGUGCUGGCACGAUGAUAUUAGAAAUGGCUGCUCUUUCCCGGCUCACUGGAGACCAUUUUUUUGAGGAAAAGGCUCAUAGGGCAAUGGAUGGUUUGUGGAAACUUAGACACCGCAGUACUGACUUAAUGGGAACUGUACUGAAUGUCCAUUCUGGAGAUUGGAUCAGAAGAGAUUCAGGAGUUGGUGCUGGCAUUGAUUCCUAUUAUGAGUACUGUUUAAAAGCCUACAUCCUCCUCGGAGACAAUCGUUACCUCUCUAGAUUUAAUAAGCAUUACUCAGCUGUCAUGAAGUAUAUCAGUCAAGGACCUAUGCUCCUUGAUGUGCACAUGCAUAGACCUACAACUAACUCUAGGAAUUUUAUGGAUGCAUUGCUUGCCUUCUGGCCUGGUCUUCAGGUUUUGAAUGGAGAUCUCAAACCGGCGGUUGAAACACACGAGAUGCUCUAUCAAGUCAUGCAGCGGCACACGUUUAUCCCAGAGGCAUUUACUACGGAUUUCAAGGUGUAUUGGGGCCAAUACCCUUUGAGACCUGAGUUUCUUGAAUCAACAUAUUUCCUCUAUAAAGCCACUGGGGAUCACUACUAUCUCCAAGUUGGUAAGAAGAUCCUCAAAGGCCUUCAACAACAUGCCAGAGUGCCUUGUGGUUAUGCUGCUGUCAGCGAUGUCCGGACCGGUCAACAUGAUGACAGGAUGGAUUCAUUUGUCUUAGCCGAAACUUUCAAGUAUCUCUACCUGCUCUUCACAGAUCCAGCAGACUUGAUCGUUGAUUUAGACAAAUUUAUUUUCACAACCGAAGCGCACCUCCUCCCUCUUGACUUAUCCAAACUGAUGACCAAUUCCUCAGCAUAUUUGUUCGAGGAUGAUGAGGAGAUCGAAGAACCGGCCCAGUGUCCGACAUCGCUGAGACUGCUCCCGGAUCAAGUGCGCAAGCCUCUGCGCAACUUUGUCCAUGACACCUGCCCAAGUGACACCAGGACAAAAAACAGGCGCCUCUUGGCAUCUCACUUUCAGUCUGGGAAUCCGGAGCACAAGAAGAUAAUAGGUGAUAUGGGAAUAAGCAUUGCACACCUAGACGACGGUAGAAUUCAGCUGCUGCAUUCCUUUUCCAAAGCAAAAUCUGUCGGUGACGCUAAAGAAGGGCUUCUAUUCAUGCAAGAAAUGCUGGAGCUUGCAAAGUCUCAAAGCCCAGAGACGUUGCCACAGGCGGUACAGUAUGUCAGCAAAGGUGUGAAGCACACUUUAAACGCCGGGCCAGCCCACUUUGGUAAACAACUACGAGGGAACCACAAAGUCAGCGGUAACAUCGACAUAGCUUUUCCGUUCAAGGCGUGCGACCCGCUUGUGAAUGCCAAAGCUUUAAAAGGGAAAAUAGUCCUCGUCCAAAGGGGUGACUGCAUGUUUAUUGAAAAGGCAAGGAAGAUCAUGCAGGCGGGUGCCAUCGGCGGCAUUGUGAUGGACAACAGCGGUGACUCGUCUAAAACAUCUCCUAUGUUCGCAAUGUCCGGUGACGGGACUGACGACAUAACGAUCCCAGUUGUCUUCCUCUUUUACCAGGAUGCUUGGAAGCUCCUAAUGGCCCUCACUGGAGAGCCGAACAUGUUGGUUACUUUAGCCGAUAGGCAGUCCUCACAAGAAGACCAACCUGAAGGAAAUGAUACAAUAGAUGAUGCUUCCGUCCACAAUUUCCUCUUUAACAAAGUUCCUACUGGAGAGGGUGAAAUAGUAGAGGUUAAAGGUGAAGAACUGAUACGUCUCUCGAACGUUAGCCCUCAGGAAUCCAACAGUGAAACCAAUUCAGCUGAGGAUUCGCUUCCAACGCGUAUGCACAAGAUCCUCUCGUCACUCCACAAGGACAAAAACCUACCGGAACCACCGAGCGACUAGUUCGACAACGGCACCGGUUCCAUUGUUUCUAGUUUGAUGUUUUCUAUUGUAUGUUUGUUUUUGUCUAAAUCAAGCUUUAAAACCACUCUGGGAAUCAAGUUGUUGGGGGGAAAUGUGGAGGCUGUUUUUCUGAAUGCCUGGAUUUUAUCGUGUGUUUCGUGGGUUAUUAAUUGAAAUUUAUAUAUUUUAUCGAAGAAAUGUGAAAUUAUAAAAAGAUACUUUAUAAAUUAAAUUUGUAUAAAUAUUACCAAAAAUUACUCAAUUGUAUUAUAGUUUGUUCUUUAACAGAACAAAAUAUUAGGUAAAUUAUUAAUAGUGUAUGAAAUUACUUAAAACUGUACAUGUGUCAUACUGAAGUUUGUAAAAAUUGUAUUAUAUCUUUACCAUCGUGUAAAUUUGAAUAAAGUUUUAAGGUAAAAUAGGUGUUACGAUGAUUUAGGCAAAUUGAUUAGGUAAUGUCAAUUAGUUAGCUUUGUGUAUAUAAGUUUUUCUUCAUUUAAUGUAAACAAAAUUAAAUAUUAAAGUUUUGUUUGUUCUA